AUGGUGAGCACAAGGAGUGGUGGGAGGAGAACUGAAACUCCAAAAAGUGAUGGAGGAAAACAAGAAAAAGGGAGUGAUUUUCCUGUCAAAGAUAAGCCAAAAAGGAAAGGAUCAUCAUCAUCACCAGAAGUACAAGUUGCAGUAGCUGUUGAUUAUGAAGAGAAGAGAGCCCAAAGGAUGAAAGAAAACAUGGAAAGGAUGAAGAUGCUUGGCAUUCUGGACCUCUCCAAGAACCUCCAAAAACCGGACAAGCCAAUCACUCACAAAAAGUUCAGGGCUUCUCCUUCACUGCCAGCUCUUCAUGAUCCUCCUAGGCGCUCUUCAAGGUUGAAGACUAUGACUUCAGUUAACUACUUUGAAAAUCGAACGCCUAAGAAAGAAAAGGGGAUGAAGAAUGUGGAGAUUCAUAUUGAAAAGGGUUCAAAUCCUGAGGUUUACACGAAAGAGCAUGAGAAGCUCUUGGGUGAUUCCAAAAGUGCUUGGACUCUGUAUGUUGAUGGGUAUGAUGAAGAGGGCCAGCGCAUUUAUGAUCCAUUUUGGGGCAAGUCUUGCCACCAGUGCAGGCAAAAAACUUUAGGUCAUCGCACAAAAUGCAGCAAGUGCAAAUCAGUAAGCGGGCAGUUCUGCGGAGAUUGCUUGUAUAUGAGAUACGGAGAGAAUGUAAUGGAAGUUAAUGACAAUCCUGAUUGGAUUUGCCUUGUAUGUCGAGGAAUUUGCAACUGUAGUCGAUGCCGCCGGGUGAAAGGAUGGGAACCUACUGGUCAAAUCUAUAAGAAGGUCACGCAGCUUGGUUUCAAGUCUGUGGCGCAUUACCUUAUUCAAACUUGUCGGUCUGAAAACAAGACUGAAGGGCCAAUCAGCAGAGUUCCAGUUUCUCCUGAUGUCUCAUUAGCUUCUGCAGAUAAGAAGAAUGAGUUUAGUGACGCAAUUUCAAUGCCCAUACCUGAUGGAAACAAAAGGGACACUGAAGACAAGGAUAGACAACUUCAUAGUGAUGAUGAAUACAUGGCAGAUGAUAGCAGUGAUAAUUUUGUUAAUGCUAAUUCUGAAUGAUUUGAAUGUGAGUAGUAGUCAAUAUUUAUGCGUGCAAGUAGUAGAAACAGGUUGCAGUUAUCUAAAGAUAUUUUUGCUAGCUUAGGCUUGCUCUGAUGCUAGAAGGUGUCGCAACUGAAUAUAGAUCAGAUACAUUAACGUGUUGGAGUCAGUUGAUAGUUUUUGCGACAAGUUGAAAGCUGUGAUAGAGCUUUUCUGCAGACAUGAAGUUAUGUAUGGACUUUUCUAUGAUG